CUUCUCCGUCCAUUUUGAUUGGCUCAGCCAAGCUGGCGAGCCACUGCCAGAGCUACAGUCAUGGACGACGGCGACGACCUGGGGAUAGUUCUCACCCACAACACCUCCUCUGGCUCCAAGUCCAGUGGGGACAAGAUGUUUUCACUUAAAAAGUGGAACGCCGUGGCUAUGUGGAGCUGGGACGUGGAGUGUGACACUUGCGCCAUUUGCCGGGUGCAAGUGAUGGACGCUUGUCUCCGGUGUCAGGCAGAAAACAAACAAGAGGACUGUGUUGUUGUGUGGGGAGAGUGUAACCAUUCCUUCCAUAACUGCUGCAUGUCCCUUUGGGUCAAGCAGAACAAUCGCUGUCCCCUCUGCCAGCAGGACUGGGUGGUUCAGAGAAUCGGCAAAUAACCCCCCGCCCCCUUUGGCCACGUGAUUCACAAACUUCAAACUGUGUGCACCCAAAGGUGGGCAUUGAUCUGGCCGUGACCGUUACCACGCCCCGUACGGAGUCGCUCGCUCUUCAACUCGGCCAUUUUGAUUGCAUGUUCCAGUACUCCCAGUGUCAGGGGCCCGCAAAGAACACGGUGGAUGUCACACACUCGGACUGGUGGCUCACAGAUUGAUGUGCAGACACGAGGAGUCAUGAAGAAAGGUGACACUUUGUGGUUUGGUCACGUCUUAGGUUUAUACUUUUGUUUGUUCGGGGGUGUUUUCCGCCUGUCAAAUAUGUGACUAGUUUUUUAGAAAUAAAGGUUGCUGUGUGGCUGUAAUUAAA